AUGUCAUCGGUGAUUACGCACCGUAAACCUAAGCGUGUUAAAUCAAAGAUUCCUGCAAAAUUGGAUUUUACGGGGAAGAACGCAGUCAUGGUUGUUGUUGAUAAAAAUUUGGAAAAUUCUAUUGACAUUUUGGAAAGUCUGCCAAAAGAGUUAAUUCACGUCGAAGACUGCGUUAAUCAAAAAGAAUUAGCGGCUAUGAAUAAUAUUAACAAGAAAGAGCUAACAACUAUGUCUUUUUCAAGAUUGCCGCGCGGCCGAAAACGUAGAACUGUUCCUAGAGAGUUAGAUUUUACAGGACAUAGCCCUGUCAUGGUAGUCGAGCAUUUGGACAAACAAAGAAUGGCAAGAGACGACAAAGAAGAACAGCCUUUUGUUAAUUUGGAUAGGUCCGUCGAUAUUGUAGACUUUGAGUAUGAGUGCAAAACUGUGGUAAAUUACAGUAUCGACAAACAAAAACUUGCACAAAUGACUGCAGAGGAACUGAGAGAUUAUGCAAAAUUUAUUGCAAACAAAAUUAAUCUCAACCAACCUAACGAUUGUAACUUUUGA